UGCAGCGGCUAGAGGAAAUGACUCAUACGAGCGCGUGGGUGUGGGCGCUAUUAAAACAAGGCUGAGAGUACUUUGGGUGAGUCAUUCAAACGCAGGCCGUGCCAUGGUGAAAAACCAUUGUGGCUUUUUAAUCAGAUGAAAUUUCAGGUUUUGCGUGAGUGUUUCUUAAGAGCUAUGGAUACGAAUACUAUAUUAUGUGCUCUCUGUGGGAUCCUAAUGGCAGCAACCAGCAUCAGUGGAGUAAACACGCAAGCAUGCAGGCCAGCAGAAGUGUGGAAUCCUGACAUUGACGAGUGCAUUCCCUGCUCCUCUUGCCAGCAGUACCCCAAAACCCCAUCAUGUGAAAAAUGUACUCGUGUUCAUCCGGGUCCAUCUGACGCCUGGCGCCUGGCGGCCAUCACCAGCCUUUCUGUGUUGGCCACUGUGCUGGUGUUCGGUGGGCUGGUCAUUGGGGUGCUGGUUCUCAAGUGUAGGACGAAGAGAAGCACCCUACGAGAGCCUAUCGAGGAGACCACAGGACCACUCUACCCUUUGUAGCUGCCCAAGUUGUUUGAUUCUGCGUGUGAAGGAACCAAAGGGCUUGGGACAGGGAGCUCCGCAUCGGCGAACUGUUACUCCAGUCAAUCCCCCUCUGGCCAGGACUCCGACCACAGAGUAUUCUUUGAGUAGUGAUAUUUGACUAUUCUAUUUAUUGUACUGGUAGCUGACAUGUAGAUGUGCUCAAGAGCUUAAAGUGACAAGACUAGUAUGGACUGAUCCUGGACCAGCCAGGCCAAGGACCCGCCAGACCAGACGGACCCCCAGAAGGAAUGGCACCUCGUGCUGCACCUCCCAUCCAGCACUGGCCCUGGUGGGGGGUGGGGGGGGGGGGGGUGGAUUGGGGGAGCAGAGGUGCCCUUCCGAGUGCAAUCAUCUCAUCGGAUUCUCCUGGAGCUAGAAAAUCCAUGUUAUUCCUAAUUUAUUUUUCUUUCCAGUCUAGUUUUUAAGCCCCCUCAAGACACACACGGAAUCACACUGUUUUUGUUCAGUGGUGUGGAGAGCUGUGAUUCCCUAUAGAUAAGUGCUCUUAAUAUUAGCCUGACCCUGCUCUAUGGUAUUGAACAUACUGUUAGGCAUUUGAGACUACUUUAAAAACUAGCUGCCUUUUCUUGCGACAAACUAUUUUGAAUCUAAGGGCUUUCUAAUACUUUUUACCUGCAUAACCCACCCCAAACAACCUCUGGGACAUUCCCUGGUCUUUAGUCUGGCACAUGGCUUCUUGAAUGUACAAAGUUGAGCAACAGCACAUAUUUUAUUGAGUUGUCUUUUGAUAGGUCAUAGUAUUAAUACGUUACUUCCAUGCUUAAACAGUAUGCACUUAACAUGUUGUCAAGAGCGACCUCACAGUCUGGAUGUAUGCUAAGUUUUGACACUGACGUGAUGACUGCCUGUGGUGCCUUUUUAAAAAAAUUUUUUUUUUAUUCUGGAGAGUCUGACGCGUGCGCAGCAUCUGUGCCUCAGGGGACACGCAGAGGGAACAACAACAUCUCUCUCCUCCCUUCUGCUUGCCACAGCUGCACGCACGCCGUCAAAUAGCCAAGAAUACUGGGAAGAAGAAGUAGUGAGGGUGCACACAAGGGGGUUGGCGUGAACGACAGUGGGGUAGCUCGCCGCAGAUCAUGCAUUUUCGUGAGUCUCCAGACCGCCACAGUUCCUCAAUUCCCCGUCGCUCUCUUAGGGCAGGGACGGGGGGCGCUAUCUGUCACUGUUGGCCGUAGGCCUCAGGGCUUUCACAGUUCACUGUCCUCCCCCUCUCAAGUGCAAGUGCAUCAGACACAGAUUUGAAGGGCCUUCCUCAAAAGGCUAGCCUACCUCGGCAAGGGCCAGCUAUGCGCUGUCACUGAGUCUGCUGCAGAAUCUAAACACGGCUAUUUGAGUCUUCCCAGAGAUUAAUGGACCUGAGUCACAUAGUGCCUUAGUCAGGAGUCAGGCAGGCGUAAACGUAAACCACUGCCACUGGUGUGCAUCCUCUCUUUGCAGGACCAUUCAGAUAAGCAUGUGUGUAAGCAAAUUAAAGCUAUUUUUGUUUUUGAACUGCUGGUCAGCUAGUCUGACAAUGACUUUAAAAUGUCUCACAGUUUGAUGCAGGAGAAACAAAAGCACACCCCAUGGCAACUGUCAGAAACACCAUUAAGCUGGUGUCUGACUGGACACCACGACAAGCACGACUGGGACGUUAGUGUAGUGGUGUGCAUGGUGGGUGAAGGGGGUGGGGGUACGGCAUGAGCGGAUGGGUGAAGUUAUUGAAGCACAAAGCCCUAGUUUCACAGACUGCCAAACGUGGCGAGAUGACACACGUUACUGACAGAUGACUCAAUUUUUAUCAGUUUAGUAGCAGUACUGUUUGCAUAUUUUCCCAUUUUUAUAAGAACAUAAGUCACAGCUGUGCAGUGUCUGUAUUGUUGCUAUACCGACCACGAGGAAACAAUCCCCAGAUGUCACAAUGUGAAGCAGAAGGGUAGGUUUACAUUAGGUCACCUUCUCCGAACCUAGAUGGCUGUUACCAUGGCAUCAGUGUUUACCUAUGGUGGGUCUGUAGAACAUGUAUUUGUACACAUUAAAAAAGUUUAUAUGGAAAACUAA